AUGCCACGUGCAGAGGCAGGCAGCGCCAAGGCGCUCUCGAACGCCAUGAAGAGCAAGGGCUUGCAGAAGCUGCGAUGGUACUGUCAGGUUUGCGAGAAGCAGUGUCGAGAUGAGAACGGCUUCAAGUGCCACACCAUGUCGGAGAGCCACUUGCGACAGAUGCUGCUGGUCGGCGAGUCGGCUGGCAAGCACAUAGCCGACUACACGACCCGCUUCCAGUCCGAGUUUGUCGCCUUGCUCAGCAGGAGGUGGGGCACGAAGCGCGUCAGGGCGAACCAGGUCUACCAGGAGUACAUUUCGGACAAGCACCACCUGCACAUGAACGCCACCCGCUUCCUCUCGCUCACCGAGUUUUGCAAGCACCUCGGCCGCACCGGUGUCUGCCACGUCGACGAGAACGAAAAAGGCUGGUGGAUCCAGUGGAUCGACAACUCGCCUCGCGCGCUCGCCAAGGCCGAGGCGAAUCAGAAGAAGGAGCGAGGAGAUAUGGACGACGAGAUGAGGCAGCGCAAGCUCAUCCAGGAGCAAAUUGAGCGGGCGAGGGAGGAAGGCGAGCGAAGAAGGCGGGAGGCGCUUCAGGCGGGCGGAACGGGGGAGGGCGACGAGGCUGCGGCGAGCGGGAGCGGAGGAGAGGGCGAGGCGCCGACGCACGAGCUGAAGCGCGACGAGGGCGAGAAGCUUUCGCUCAACCUCUCGUUCAAGGCGCCCGCAACGAAAGAACCCUCUCCUCCCGCCACUGCCGCAGCUUCCGACACGACCUCCGAGCUCGCUUCUGGCAGCUCGACACCCGCCGCUCCCUGUCCCGCACCCAGCACCUUCAUCGCCCCUCCACCAAAACCCGUCAUCGGCUUCACACCGAAAGCCAAUCCCCUCGCCGCCAAGUCGAAUCCGCUCAAAGCGAACCCGCUCAAAGCGAACCCGCUCAAGAAGCCGAAUCCGCUCAAGGGCGGAGGGUCGUUGGCGACGCCGGGACCGGAGAAGCGCAAGGCGCCGAUGAGUGCGGUCGAGCAGAUUGCCAUGGAGGAGAUGGCUCGGAAGCAGCGGAGGAUGGGUUGA